AUGGCUCCCAUCCAAGUCAAGAAAAUUUGUUGUAUCGGUGCUGGUUAUGUCGGUGGUCCCACCUGUGCUGUCAUUGCUUUGAAAUGUCCCCACAUCCAAGUCACCAUCGUCGAUCUCAACCAACAACGAAUCGACGCUUGGAACUCUGAUGAACUUCCCAUCUAUGAGCCAGGUCUCGAUGAAGUCGUCAAGGCUGCCAGAGGAAAGAACUUGUUCUUUUCCACCGAUGUCGACAAGGGAAUCGAGGAAGCUGACCUCAUCUUCGUCUCCGUUAACACUCCAACCAAGAAGUCUGGUAUCGGUGCUGGUUUCGCCGCUGACUUGAAAUUCCUCCAACUUGCUACCCGACGAAUCGCUGAAGUCGCCAAAUCCUCCAAGAUCGUUGUCGAGAAGUCUACUGUCCCCUGUAGAACUGCCGAUGCCAUGCGAACUAUCCUCGAAGCUAACUCCAAGCCUGGAUGCUCUUUCGAUAUUCUUUCUAACCCUGAGUUCUUGGCCGAAGGUACCGCUAUUGAAGAUCUUUUCGCUCCCGACAGAGUGUUGAUCGGUUCCCUCCAAACUCAACAAGGUAAAGACGCUUGUGAAGCUCUUACCCAAGUUUACGCCAACUGGGUUCCAAGAGAACGAAUUCUCACUGUCGGUCUUUGGUCUUCCGAGCUUUCCAAACUUGCUGCCAACGCUAUGUUGGCGCAAAGAAUCUCAUCCGUCAACGCCCUUUCAGCUAUCUGUGAAGCUACCGGUGCCAACAUCGACGAAGUCGCUUAUGCCGUUGGUAAAGAUACCAGAAUGGGUUCUAAGUUCCUGAAAGCUUCAGUUGGUUUCGGUGGAUCUUGUUUCCAAAAAGAUAUCCUCAACUUGGUCUACCUUUCCGAGUCUCUUCAUUUACCCGAGGUUGCCAAGUACUGGAGAGCCGUUGUUGAGAUGAAUGAAUACCAAAAAUCUCGAUUCGCCAACAAGGUUGUUGACACUUUGUUCAACACCAUCACUGGAAAGAAGAUCGCCAUCCUUGGUUGGGCUUUCAAGAAGGACACUGGUGAUACUCGAGAAUCCCCCGCUAUCACCCUUGCCAACCACUUCUUGAACGAAAAGGCUAGAAUCAACAUCUACGACCCUCAAGUAAGCAAGGACCAAAUCUGGCUCGAUUUGACUGACUACGGAGACAUCCCUGCUGAACCCAUCAAGCCCCACGUCACCAUCUCUCAAUCCGUUGAGGAGGCUUGUCACAACGCUGAAGCCAUUGUCGUCUGUACCGAAUGGGAUGAAUUCAAGAAGCUCGACUGGCAAAAGAUCUAUGACAACUGUCCUCGACCUGCUUUCGUCUUCGACGGUCGACUUAUUCUUGACAGAAAAGCCCUUACCGAUAUCGGUUUCAAGGUCACCACCAUCGGUACCGGAGACAGAUUAUAA